GAUGAGCCCCAGUGAACAACAGCUUGCUUCUUUUUCAAACGUGCAGCACCACACUCUCUAUCCUUCACACAGAUGAAAGCACACACAUACACAUGCAAUCCAGAACCCGAGGAGCAUCAGCCUGAGCUGUCCGCUGCUGCCAGUGGCAACCCUCACCACUUCCCGCAUUGUGAAGCCGUGAGAGGAGUUCUUGCAGCACUCAGAGGUAACAGAAGAGAUCCGUGGAUCUCUGUUCUAGAUGUUAGACAAUUGACCAGCGAAGCAGGGAAGAGGAGAGGGAGGAAAGGGGGGAAGGUGAGUGAAUGCGCUCCAGUCCACCUGCUGCUCCUACUGCUUCUGGAGAAAGAGGAGGAGGAGGAGAAGGAGGAGGAGGAAUGGGAGGAGGAUGCUCAGUGCUUAGAGAGACUGGAGCAGCAGCGUUAUCCUGCACAGGCAGCCCGAACGGCCACAAGUGAUCAGAGCAUCUUCAGCCUUGUAGAUGUACAAGCAGCACAGUGCAGCUUCCAGUCCUGGGUGCCAGACCCAGUGAUUGAAUCCCAGACAGGAGACAGAGGAGGAGAGAGAAAGGGAGCCAUGGGGGUUUGCCUGGGACAGGAGGCAUGUUGGCUCCUGCCUUUCCUCUUCAUGCUGCUCAAGAUCACAGUGUCGUCCACCCAAAGUCAAGGAUGUCCUCAGCGUUGUGACUGUAUAGCCAAGCUAAAGACUGUGUCUUGUUUUGGAAAACGUCUGUCCUCACUGCCCGAGGGAAUCCCACCUGACACCAAAGUCUUGGACCUAAGUGGGAAUAGACUUCGCUGGGUAGAACAAGAUGAUCUGCUUCCAUAUUCACGCCUAGAGAAACUGGAACUCAGUGAUAACAUCAUUAGUGUCCUGGAGCCAAAUGCCUUUUCCAGUCUCCAGAACCUGCAGUCCCUUUCGCUGAGGGGUAACCAGUUGAAGCUGGUCCCCAUGGGUGCUUUCUCACAUCUCUCCAACCUCACUUCAUUAGAUCUAAGUGGAAAUAAGAUUGUAAUUCUUUUGGACUUCACUUUUCAAGACCUAAAAAGUCUGAAGAACCUGGAGGUUGGUGACAAUGAUCUGGUUUACAUAUCUAACAAGGCUUUCCUGGGUUUAGUAGGACUCAGGGAGUUGACAAUUGAGAGAUGCAACCUGACAUCAGUUUCGAGCGAAUCAUUAUCUUAUCUGCACAACCUAGUGACUCUACGGCUCCGGUAUCUUAGUAUAUCCUCCCUAGAUGACCAGAACUUUAGAAAACUUGGAAAUCUUAGGGGCCUGGAGAUUGAUCACUGGCCCUUUUUAGAAUACAUCUCCCCUCAUAGCCUCCAGGGUCUUAAUUUGUCAUGGCUGUCCAUCACUCACACCAACAUCACUUCUGUGCCCACCUCUGCUCUUCGUAGUCUGGCUCACCUCACCAGCCUCAACCUCUCCUACAACCCAAUCACUGUAUUAGAGUCCUGGGGUCUCCGAGAUCUCAUAAGGCUGAAGGAGUUGCAUCUAGUCAACACUAACCUGGCCAUAGUGCAACCUUAUGCGCUUGGUGGUCUGAGGCAAAUCCGGCUUCUUAAUCUUUCAAGCAACAGCUUGGUGACCCUGGAAGAGGGAGCAUUUCAGUCAGUCAACACUCUGGAGACACUGCGCUUGGAUAGAAACCCUCUUGCAUGUGACUGCCGCCUGCUUUGGAUCCUUCAGCGUAGGAAGACCCUUAAUUUUGAUGGUGCGUCCCCUGUGUGUAUGACCCCUGUUGAAGUCCAAGGACGGGCUCUCAGUGCUUUCUCUGACUCAGCCCUCUUUGAUCACUUCACCUGCCAGAAGCCCAAAAUCCGCAACAGGAAACUGCAGCAGAUAUCUGCUCGAGAAGGGCAAGUAGUUUCAUUUAUCUGCAGAGCAGAAGGUGAGCCGACCCCGGUCAUAUUCUGGAUUUCCCCUCAGCGUCGACGCAUUACCACAAAGAGCAGCGGGCGACUGACUGUGUUACCAGAAGGCACUCUGGAAAUACGCUACGCGCAAGUAACAGAUAGUGGAACUUACAUCUGCAUAGCUAGCAAUGCUGGUGGAAAUGACACCUACUUUGCUACGCUCACAGUAAGUGGGCUGCCGCUGGAUGCAGCACUCAUGGCCAACCGCACCUAUUAUGCUGGGGACCUUAAUGACACAAAUCUGAAUGACACCAGGGUGUUCCUGAAAUUCACCCUUGACCUCAAAACCAUUCUCAUAUCUACAGCUAUGGGCUGUAUCAUGUUUCUGGGAGUGGUCUUGUUCUGCUUCAUCCUGCUGUUUGUGUGGAGUCGGGGGAGAGGACAGCACAAGAACAACUUCUCUGUUGAGUAUUCUUUCAGAAAAGUGGACGGACCCGCAGCCAGUGGAGGACAGGGGGGAGCACGCAAGUUCAACAUGAAAAUGAUUUGACUCUGGGGAACUUCUUGUGUUUUUCACUGUUUCAGACACCAAACAGAACAGAACAAAUAACUAGUGCAAAACAUUAGAAUCAACAAUCCAUGGAACAUUUUAUCAAGGCAAGGUUUCAUUUUUAAAAACUGUUGUAUGCAUGCAAAAUGUCAAACUACAUCAUGAUGCUUUGAUACAUUUCUACUGCUUUUGGUUUUGUUCAUAUAAAUUUAACUCCAGAGAUUUAAGUCUCAAAAUUCUGCAUAGACUGUUAAAAGACCAAGCAGCAUGAGCACUCAACAUCCCACCAGUUUUUAACCUUCACAAAAGUCAUGCCAACGCAUUUUUCUUUCCUGAAAGGAACUGUGUCAUCCUCACCUUUGAAGGACUUCACCUCUCUGCCCUCUCUGCUCCAUUUGAGGUGACUCAAGCACUCCAGGCUGAUGAAAACAUAAUGACAAGGUGGUGCUCAGUAAUUGCCAAGGACUUGCCAUAUAGAUAGAUAAUUCCAGCUAUUUGAUGCAUUUUAAAGCUACAUGCUUAUGCAGGCAUUUACUAACAGAUUUCUAAAAAACAGACCAACCAGUCUCUGGAUCACUGCCAUUUUGACCACAGAGCAUCUUAAACAGUGCUGGCCAUAUUUAUUGACACCCUGUGUAAAGGAUUGUAAAGCAAUAAAAAUAAAUUGAUCUUUAGUUGCAGCAGCAUGGUCUCACACAGAAAUUUUAGCCAAAACAAUUCAGUGGGAACAAAAUAACAGAUUUUAAUAAACUUACUGGUGGCACACUGGUACCUCCAAGAUCCCUUAAAAACAAAUGUGACUAAAGACAGAUUAUGUAUCACCUUCUAAUUAGUAAAUCACAACUUUCUGUAUGCCUAGGAAAUAAAUAUAUACGAGAAAGAGGCCCAUUUCUUUUAGCCACUUGUCCCUGAUGUAGAUAAGGACUCAUAUUUAUGUUGCCAUCCCAGACAGUGAGGUGGAGUCUGAUUUAGGUAAAUAAUCUCCCUGUUAGAGAAUUGCAGGAAAAAACUGGUAACUUUGGGUCACCCAGUUUUUACACACUUUAGAAGCAAUCUCAGUGUAAGAUGGUUGUUUGAGAGUAAUGUCAUUAAAAAGCAUUUUCUGAACUACCAUCACCAACACUAAAAUGUGAUGUUUACUGAACUCUGAUGGGACAUAAUCCCUUAACUGAAGGCUUUGUUAAGAUUUGCCUAAGAUUGAGCUUUUUGACAAAAAAAAACACUCAAGAGGGGUUUGAAAAAGAACAGAUAAUAAAUGAUGGAAAAGCACCUCAUACCUACUAUCAACUAUAUGAUGGUGGCAUUAUUAUACAGCCAGCCUGUUUUUCUUCUUUCAAAAAGCUCUGGGAACCAUGUUUGAGUACACAUCAUCAUAACCACUUUGAAAUACCAGGGUAUUUUUGAAUAAUAAUCUAAACCCAGAAAUGUUUUACUAUACACAUAAUCUACCUUCUUCCACGGCAAUCUCAGUCCUCAAAAAUAAAUCCUAUAGAAAACUGGUGAAGUUAACUGAAGAGAAGAUGGCAUGUAAGAGGAAACCAGGAUCUGAGGGAUGUAGGGAGUAAUGGUCAAACAUUCCUCUCUAUGCUCUAUCCCUGUGAAAUGGUAUAUGAGAAGACUAAGUGCUGUCCUAUUGGCCAAAAUGGAGAGGUACCAGUUCCUCUGCUACCAAAGAUUUUGUAAAAAAAAAAAAAUUAUUAUUAAUAUGGGACUUUUUUUCCAACUGAAUAUAAUGUGUUAUAUUUUCAGUGUGAGAAUUAACUACUGCGAGAAACGAUCAUUUUAGGAUUAUUUUUUUCUGUACCAGGGUUCCCACUAAACGUGUCAGCCUCUCUAAUAACUGUGUGGAAGAGAAAAGUUACUUUUACCUGUAACAGUUAGAGAUGUUCAAAGCAAACACCGGAGUCAACAUUCAGUAUUAAGCUAUGAUGGGACCCAAGUGAACACGUGUGCUGACAAAUCAUAAGAACACAUUUUGUAGUUAAAUUUUUCAUUAUUGUUUUGGUAAAUCUGUACAACAGUCUUAACUUCAAAAAUUAAUGCAUGUACAGACUAACUGGUGUUUAUAAAACAAACAGCUGCUGGUGUGCAUUGAUCACCAAAGUUGUACAAACAGCAUAGGAAGUGUAUAAGAUGUAAUAUAUAUUUUGUAAUUACUAAUUUUGAAAUCUAUGUAACUGUUUAUAGUACUGUUGCGUGAUUAAUCCAACUUUACUGCUCUAUUGUUAUUAAACUGCUAAAGUAUCCUUUUGUAAUCAGUGAACUUUCAUGCAGCUGUAAACAGGACUUUAACUGCAUCAUGUUAUCAUGUAAAUGUGGCUGCUUGCUGUCGUCAACCAAUCAAAAAACAGAUUCACUGUGCAGCAGGUUUCAGUUCAGUUGCUUAUUUUUGUCUUUGUAAGUGUCAAGGCAGGGAGUUUUUACUGAGCACUGGGUAAAGGACCUCAGAAGAGACGUGCAGGAAAAAUGCUAAUGUAUUACAGAUACAUUGCAUAGUCAUGGUUAGGAAACUGAGGCAGAGAUAAGAAAAAGUUUAGACAUACUUGGUAGACAGCAACACAGUGGGACAUGAAAAACCUGCAUGCUGACUUAUGUAUGUCAGCUGUGUAUGGUAUGCGAGAGAAUGGGACCUAGAGAGAGUUUAAUACUCUACAUUUAGAUCUAAACAUGUCAUUUGGGACUUAAGGUUGCUGAUGAUGCCACUGCAACACUGCCCUGUAGUAAUAUUGCUUGGUAAUCUACAAUCUUCAAAUGUCCUGUAGUGUUGCUCUGCUGCCCUCUAUUGACACAAAACAGUUACAGAUUUUACAUCAAUCUGUGGACCUAAUUUAUUCCAUUUCCUCAAGAAGAAAAAAUAUGAUAUCGAAAGGUGGCUGUUCUCAACAAGACCUGCCUCUAUAUUAACUUUGAAGUUAAAAACUAAAUAAUAAUUGUUUUCCAUUUACCACUGGAUAUCUAAAAAAAAAAAAAUCUAAUAUAUCAGUCCAGUUUCAGUAAUUUCUUUGGUCUUUAAUAAAUUCAUCCAGUGCACCUGGCAGGUGGUGCAACAUGCUUUUAUUCAUGUUUUGUAAAAAGAUAAAGCAUACUGACCCAAAAUAUAUGAGAGGACCCAGGGCUCUGGAAGAUCUAGAGGAUUGUGCAAAGAGGAAUGAUCAAAGGCCCCUCUCUUGCUCCAAACUAAAGAAAUGUUAAAGAAGUCCGAGUGCCGUACUUUGGCAAAAAAGGGGGUUGUAUCGACAGCAGAGUACCAAUCAACUUUGAUAAUGAUUAUUUUGUUAAUUAAAACUGUUAUUUAUUAACAUGGUAUUAUUUACCCCAACAAAAUAAAUGUACUCAAAAUAAAGAUUGGAUCUUAAAAAAUGAAUUCAAAGCUUUUCACACAUCUUUAUCAAUUUCUUCGGAGCCAAUAAAUGUGGUUGGCACUGUAAGAGCUUUGUUGGAGAGAAGCUACUUUUACAGUGCCUUGCAAAAAUAUUUUCCCCCUUGGCUUUAUUCUUAUUUUGUUAGAUUCCAAUCUGUAAUUUCAAUGUUUUUUAAUCCUAUUUUAUGUGAUGGAUCUGCACAAAAAGUCUAAGUUGGCGAGUUGAAAUGAGACAAAAAUUGAUCAAAAAAAGAAUAAUACAAAAAAAAAAAAUAAACAUUGGUAUGUGCUGUGUAUUGCUGUGAUGACCCAAAAAGUUGUGAUGCAACCAAUUACCUUCAAAAGUAAUUAGUGAAAUGAAGUCCACCUGUACGCACGCAGUUAGUGUCACAUGAUCUGUCAGUAUAAACACGUGUUUUCUAAAAGGCCCCAGAGGCUUCAACACCACUAAGCAAGAAGCAUCCCAGUAUGAAGACCAAGGAGCUCUCCAAAUAAGUCAGGAACAAAGUUGUUGAGAAGUACAAGUCAGGUUGGGGUUAUAAAAAAAACAUCAAAAUCUUUCAUGAUUCUUGAACCACCAUCAAAUUCAUCAUGUUCGAAUGGAAAGCACAUGGUACCACAACAAACCUGCCAAAAGAGGGCAGAACUCACCAGAACUCACAGACUGGGUAAGGAGGGCAUUAAUCAGAGAGGCUGCACAGAGACCAAAGGUAACCCUGGAGGAGCUGCAGAGUUCCACAGCAGAAACUAUUUGUUCAUAGGACCACAAUAAGCCACGCAUUCCAUAGAACUGGGCUUUAUGGAAGAGUGGGCAGAAAAAAGCCAGUACUUACUAUUAAAAACAAGAAGGAUCGUUUUGAGUUUGCCAAAAGGCAUGUGGGCAAUGCCCUAAAUAUAUGGAAGAAGGUUCCCUGAUCAGAUGCGACUAAAGUUAAACUUUUGGCCGCCAAGGAAAACAUUAUGUCUGGCGCUAACCCAAGCAUCCCAUCACCCCAGGAACAACAUCCCCAUAGUGAAACAUGGUGGUGGUAGCAUCAUUUUAUGGCAAACUUUUUCAGCAGCAGGGACUGGGGAACUGGUCUGAGUCGAGCAAAAGAUGGAUGGCCCAAAAUACAGGGAUACUCUUGAGCAAACCUGUGUCAGUCUGCCUGUGAUUUGAGACUGGGAUGGAGGUUUACCUUCCAACAGGACUAUGACCUGCUAAAACAACACUCGAGAGUUGGAAUGGCCUAGUCAAAGUCCAGACCUCAAAUCAAUUGAGAAUCUGUGGUUAGACUUGAAGAUUGCUGUUCACAAGUGAAAACCAUUCAACACAAAGGAACUGCAGCAUUUUUUCCCUGAGGAAUGGGUAAAAAUCCCGGCGGCUAGACGUGGUAAAGCUUUCAGAGACUUAUCCAAAGCCACUUGCAGCUGUAAUUGCUACAAAAGAUGGCUCUACGAAGUACUGCCUUCAGAGGGGUGAACAGUAGUUAUUCACGCUGAGUUCUCAGUUAUUUUGUUCUAUUUGCUGUUUGCUUCACAAUAAAAGUAGGCAUGUUAAAAAAUGGUGCAAAAUCUCAAACCAUUUUAGGUAGGUUUUGAGGAAAUGGGAGCCGGGGGGGGGGACACUUUUGCAGGACUCUUUAUCUAUUCUUCUAAAGUGUUUGAAGCAAACAUGAGGAUCAACAUAUCAAGUCAAAAUAAACACUUGUGUGUUGACAACUCAUACGAACACAUUUUGUACAUACCUUUUUAUUAAUGUUUUGGUAAAUCUGUACAAGAGUCUUACCCUCUCUAAAAAACUGUACAAGUGAAUGCAUGUCCAGACUGUACUUCUUACUUUGAAUAAUUUGCACUUAUUAAUUAAACAGCAGCCGGUCAGCACUGAUCA